UUACCGUGGCAGGGAUUAAAGGCGGGGACAAAGAAGCAGAAGUAUGACAGAAUCAGCGAGAAGAAAGUAUCAACUCCAAUAGAGGUGUUGUGCAAAAACCAACCGUCUGAAUUUGUAUCAUACUUCCAAUACUGCCGAUCUUUACGCUUUGAUGACAAACCUGAUUACUCUUACCUUAAGAGACUUUUCCGCGACCUGUUCAUCCGAGAAGGUUAUCAAUUCGAUUAUGUAUUUGACUGGACAGUCCUAAAGUAUCCUCAAAUCGGAACCAGCGCUGGUUCUAGUUCACGAACAAGGCAUCAUACAACAGCGAAACCAGGAUUCAACGCAGAUCCCAUUGGAAGACAAGAGAGGAUCGCAGAACCCCGUUAUAAAACUCCGGGUGCAGUGGAGGCAUUCUCCCGAAGACACCCGACUGCAACUUCUUCGCCACGUGAUCGUUCCAGAUCAAGAAAUUCUGAUGAUGGACCUUUCGCUAAGCAGACACAAGGAGACUCUGAAAGACCAAACAGUUCGUCAAGAUACAGAACAUCUUCUUCUAGGAAAGCCGUUGCUGCCUCAAGCUCCAGGCCAAGUUCUGCAGGUGGACCAAGCGAAAGCCGAGUUUCAAGUCGUCUGGUAUCAUCAAGCGGCGGUGGUGGUAGUGGCAGUGGUAAUGCCCGUCCCUCGACUAGCCAGAGAAUGCAAGCUGGAUAUGAAUCCAAGACUUUGUCUUUCUCUCGUGCAACAGCUUCAAGAAACACUCGGGAAGAUCAAUUGAGAAGCUUCGAGCUUCUCUCUCUUCGGAAAUAAAGGAAAAUGAUGAAGAGAGAUACAGCAAAAUCCAUGAAAAACCACCCCCACAUAAAAUGACCUCUGAGAGAAAAGAUGAGAGAAUCUUGGUUUUUGAGAGAGAAUUCAUAUAUUAUUAUAUAUUUGAGCUGAUGAAAUCCUCAGAUCUCUUACAGGUAAUUUCAGAUUCAGCUUGCAGAGAUGUAUCACACCACCACCACUCCUCGUUUGUGUUAUGUAAUCGUGAUGUGUUGGACAAAAAUAUAACAAUCAAAAUGUAGAGAGUUUCCCAUGUAAAAACGGUUCAAAAUUUCUAUCCGUAUAUUCGAAUACUUCGGACCUUAUCUGUCUGUACUACUUACUGGUAAUAAGAACAAUCAACUGUUCUUUCGUCU